AUGGCCGAACGUGUGAAUAUUAUUGAAGAAUUAUUUGCAGACAGUGAAAGUGAGGGGGAAGAAAAUUUUGAAGGGUUUAAUUUAGAGGAUUUAGAAGAUUCUAAAUGUGUAGAUGAAUCAAAUUAUGAUGUUCUGAAUGAUGAAUUAUGGAGUGAUGGUGAUCGAGUUCCUUUUCCUUUAAACUUUGAACAGGUACCUGGUUUACAAAAUGAAAUCUCAAACACUGACUCUCCACUGGAAUUUUUUGAACUAUUUGUAGAUGACAAUGACUAUGAAAAUAUUUCACAGGAAACAAAUAAAUAUGCAAAUCAGUUUCUAAACAGUGGCAUGCCACUUAAGGAGAAAUCACGCUUUCAUAAAUGGAUAGACACCACAGGUCUAGAGAUUAAAAAAUUUCUGGCGCUUAUUAUAGCCAUGGGACUUGUCUGUCAGAUAGAUGUAUCGGAAUACUGGACAGUAAAUCCAGUAACAAGUACUCCAUUCUUUCCCAGCGUCAUGUCACGAGACAGGUUUCUGCUCAUACUAGCAUUCCUUCACUUAAAUGAUAAUGCGAAUUAUAUCCCACGUGGAUCCGAAGGCUUCAACCCACUAUUCAAACUUGGUUCCUUCUACAAUAAAGUACUUUCCAGGUUUCGUUCAGUGUAUAAGCCUCAUCAAGCACUGGCUAUCGAUGAAAGCAUGGUAGCAUGGCGAGGGAAUUUAUCCUUCAGGGUGUACAGUCCCGAUAAACCUGUGAAGUAUGGUCUGAAAGCAUACAUGUUAUGUGAUGCCGAUAAUGCAUUUUGUUUGAAGUUCAAACUAUACACUGGAAGGUCCAAUAUCCAACCUUCGAAAAAUGGUGCCACAUAUGACCUUGUCAUGGAUCUCCUUCGCAAUCAUUUUGAGAAAGGUCACAUCCUUUAUUGCGACAACUAUUACAGCUCCCCUCAAUUGUUUAUGGAUCUAUGGGUCUUGGGAACAGGAGCUACAGGUACAGUGCGUCCUUACAGGAAAGGCAUUCCAGAGAAAAUGAAAAAGAUACAGCUUACAAACCGAGGAGACACAGCAACUGCUCAUUAUGGUCCCUUAAGUUGCCUUAAAUAUCAAGAUUCUAAGACAGUGUACCUUAUUAGCACUACUGAGUCUUCGACCAAUGUUGAAACAGGUCACCAUGACUUCAUUCAAAAUCAAAUUAAAGUAAGGCCCUCUAUGGUGCAAACCUAUGACAAAAAGAUGGGUGCAGUAGAUCGACACAAUCAAAUGAUUGAAAAUUACAAAUUGCCGAUCAAAACUUUGAAGUGGUGGAAGAAACUUUUCUUUCAUAUUAUGAAUGUUGCGAUUGUCAAUUCAUACAUCUUGUACAAAGAAUCCUGCAAAGCUGUAACUCCAAUGCUUCAGCGCAACUUUAGAAGAAAGCUGGUGGAACAACUUAUCCAGACAUCUGGAGCAACCAAUGGGGUACAUGUUGGACGGCCUGCUCCCAGGAUCCUCGAGCGAUUAACAGGAAGGCACUUCCUUGCUAGACUAGAGGAGGGAGGGAAGAUGCUCCACAGACAGUGCAUUGUGUGUGGACCUGCUGAAAAGGAAAUGCUCCCACCAAUGCGGCCUGGUGAGAAACGGCCCAGCAGGUGUGGUCACAUGACCAGCUACAAAUGCAAGGAAUGUAAUGUUGCACUUUGCUUAACACCAUGUUUUGAAAUAUAUCAUACAAAGCAGGAGUACAUUUUAGCAUACAAACGAAUGAAAUUACGUUCUGAAGAUUGA